AUGCCUUCGCAAAGGCAGUUGCGCACCCUCCUGGUGGGUGUGCUGAUUGGUGUCGUCUUCGUGUUGUUUUACACAUCUUCCUUGCGAGCGAACGAAGUCAAAGACGAGCGGACCAUCCAAGAUUUCUACCACAAGACGGUCAAUGGACUGAAACACAAACAACCGCCGGGCCAAGCGGUGCUGGAAGGGAAUAAGCCCAAGGCAGCUGGCCACGUGCCUGUUGACAAAGAUGCCGAUGGCGACGUUGACGCCGACGACGAGAAGCUCGCCAAGGAUAUGCAAGGACGCCUGAAGGCCGCCGAAGACAAGGCCAAGGAACUUGCCAACAAGAAAUCACCACUGAAGCCUGAUGCGCCUAGCGACGUCGUCGGAAAGGGCAACUCUGCUGCUGGACAAAAGAAGAAGGAAAAGACGGCCAAUGGCAAAGAAGUCUCCGAGACUGAAGAGGAGGAGAAGAAGAAGGACGAGAGCGAUGAGGAACAUGCUGUCGAGGUUGAGUUGAACUCCAUCUUGAAGAAGUCACCAGUCAUCAUCUUUUCCAAGUCUUACUGCCCGUACUCGAAGAAGGCCAAGGCAUUGUUGCUCGAAAAGUACUCGAUCGAGCCCACACCAUACGUUGUCGAACUGGAUAAGCAUCCUCUUGGCCCUCAGCUGCAGGCCUUCCUUGGCGAGAAGACUGGCCGGAAGACAGUUCCCAACAUCUUGGUAAAUAGUGUGAGCAUAGGUGGAGGCGACGAUGUCAUCGAGCUUGACAGCCAAAAGAAGUUGGUACCCAGGAUCAUUGACCUUGGGCAGAAGAAGGUGGAGAUGAAGGAACGGUCUGCCAACAGCCAGAAAAACAACUAG